AUCAAAUCAACCAUUGCCAACUUAAUGUAGUCAUCUUUUAUCUACAGUCUGCUACUUUGCUGCUUAUCGAGACGACUAUCGUUUGAAACAUUGCAUGUUCUAGAGACUCGUGGGAGAGUGUAUAAAAAUUUUGCCGGAUCGCAAAUUAUAUAUUUUGUUGUAACAUCAGAAGUAAUUGUUGUCACUUGUCACAUUUUAGAAAGUCAUUUCAGUUAUGGCAUCCUCCUUCAGGCUGACAAAUUUGUCGCGUGCCGUCAAAUUGUUUUCAUUGACAUCGAGAAGGUCUUAUUCUUCUAGAAUAAACCAAUUCGCAUACCCAACUUCAAAGGAUCUCUUCCCGUCUCAAAGACAAGUAUCUCCAAUUGCUGCAGUAUGUGUUCCAUACAAUGGGGUAUCUCAAAGAUAUUAUUCAAGUAGCGAAGCCAAACCAGAGAGACAAACUGAAGAAACAAUUGUCAGCAAUGACGCAGAGAAACCUACUGGUGAAACUAAGAAGCAUGAAUUUCAAUCCGAAACACGAAUGUUAUUGAAUAUUGUUGCCAAAUCACUGUACUCAGAUAAAGAAGUUUUCAUCAGAGAGUUGAUUUCAAAUGCUAGUGAUGCUUUAGAAAAAUUAAGAUACUUAAGGCUUGCUGAAAAUUUGGCAGCUGGCGAUGGUGGAGAUAGAAGCCUUGAAAUUCGUAUAAGUACCGAUAAACAGGCUCGUACUAUUACAAUUCAAGAUACUGGUCUUGGUAUGACAAAAGAUGAGCUCAUAUCAAAUCUGGGAACAAUUGCACGAUCAGGAUCAAAGGCUUUUCUUGAAUCUUUGGAAGGAAAAGAAGGAGUAGAUGAGGCAUCUAAAAUUAUUGGACAGUUUGGUGUUGGUUUUUACAGUGCCUUUAUGGUAGCUGACAAAGUAGAAGUCUUUACAAAAUCUUACAAAAAAGAUUCUGAAGGUCUUUACUGGGUUUCUGAUGGCUCAGGCUCAUAUGAAAUCUCUUCAGCUGAGGGAGUUCAACCAGGAACCAAAAUAAUUAUCCAUCUACGUACAGACUGCCGAGAAUUCAGCGAUGAUAAAGUUGUUGAUGGCAUAAUCAAGAAGUACAGUAACUUUGUUAGCAGUCCUAUUUUCAUCAAUGGAGAAAGGGCAAAUACCAUUGAGGCUUUGUGGGCUAUGGAUCCAAAAGAAGUUAAGCCCGAGCAACAUACUGAGUUUUAUCGGUUUAUAAGCAAUAGUUUUGAUCAACCUAGAUUUACAAUGCAUUUUUCAACUGAUGUUCCCAUUAGCAUCAAAGCCUUAUUAUACUUCCCAGAGGGUAAACCAGGCCUCUUUGAUUUAACAAGAGAUGCUUCAGUGGGAGUUUCUCUUUACAGUCGCAAGGUUCUUAUUCAAAACAAGGCCGAAAAUAUUUUACCCAAAUAUUUAAGGUUCAUGAAAGGUGUUGUAGACUCAGAAGAUAUUCCUUUGAAUUUGAGCAGAGAACUGUUGCAAAAUAGUGCCCUGAUCACAAAAUUGAGAAAUGUUUUAACUGCUAAGAUCAUUCGCUUUUUGCAAGACCAAGCUAAAAAACAUCCAGAAGAAUACCUUGAAUUCUACAAAGACUAUAACACUUUCUUCAAAGAAGGACUUGUCACUGCCACAGAUGAUUCCUCAAAGGAAGAGAUCGCCAAACUGUUGCGAUUCGAAUCAUCUACCAAAAAUGCAGGCGAACCCACCAGUAUUCUUGAAUAUGUUGAUAGACUUGCUAAAGAUCAGAAAUAUAUUUAUUAUUUAGCUGCACCCAGUCGUCAAUUGGCUGAACAAUCGCCUUACUACGAAUCGUUCAAAAAACGAAACUUGGAAGUUCUGUUCUGCUACGAGCCAUACGACGAAUUAGUUCUUAUGCACUUGAGGAGAUUCAAGUCUUUCGAUGUCAUAUCGGUUGAGAAAGAAAUGCACGAGAACGUCGACGAGAAGGAUCAACCUAAAAUUGUGAACGAGGCCGAAAUCAACGAUCUCAUUUCUUUCCUCAAGCUCACCUUGAAAAACAAGGCUUACGAUGUUAAAGUCACGAAUCGUCUUGAAAACCAUCCAUGCGUGGUGACUGUACAGGACAUGGCUGCAGCCAGACACUUUAUUCGCACGAAGAGUCAUCAAUUCAACGAAGAUAUGCGCUAUAGUCUGUUACACCCACGAUUGGAAAUCAAUCCGAAUCAUCCAUUGAUCAAGAAAAUUGGUCAGCUGAGAAGUACUGAUCCUAAAAUUGCUGAAAUGUUGACGGAACAGCUAUUCAUGAGUUCUAUGGUCGCAGCUGAUCUCGUUGAAGAUUCAAAAGGCCUCUUACUAAAUAUGAAUCAAUUGUUGACGGCAAUCUUGGAGAAAGUGAAAUAAAAUGUUACUUUCUGUUAUACCAGAGCGGGCUAAACCGUAGAAACUCGGUAAACUACCUUGCCGAUAUCCGGUUACUUCGACGUUAUCGUUACAUGUGUCAUGUGAUUUAUGAAUGACUGAACAAAUAUUAAUCUUGAUAAGAUCAGACUGGAUCUUGCUGUUGUUGCUUUUGUACAUAAAUGUAUGACUUGUCAUUUUUUAAAUA